GAACAAUAAGGUCUGUUGAGGACGCACGUGCAGCUCCUGAGGUCAGGACCACGAGAGAAGCAACUAAGACCAAAACCAAAAGUAGGUUAGGAUCUAAGGUACAAAAUUGAAAAGAUGCCGCAACUCGUGUGUUGUCUCGUGCACAGCAGCAUGUGUAGCAACGCUGGUAUCUCUCUUGCUCGUUGCUUCUUUCGAUUUGCCGUUUGCUUGCUCCCGUUAUCGCAGUUUUUAGGACUGCAGUCGGGAAUCUUUGUGGAUAGUCGCCUGCGUUUGCGUGCGCGCGGCCCGGAUGAUGCCGACGAUUCGACGUCGUUCCUCCACAGUCAUCGUCAAGCACCCUUUGUUUCUGGCUCACUUGGCGCGGGGACCCUACGCUUAUCGGAGGCAGCGACGAGCAGCGCCGAGGGCGGACCCAGUCAAUUGUAUCUAGCAGCCUCUCAGCCAACCCAAAGCAUUGUAAGUCCGACUGGAAGAGCACCGGAUGCGAGCGUCGGAUCUCUCCCUAAGGCAUCGAGUAAAUAUUUGCCAAACUGGUCGUUGUAAAUAUUCGCUUCGAGGAUCUUGUCUUCAAUCAACAAUCCAAAUAUCCUUCGGCACUUACGUGGAAGUUCCUAUAGCGCAUGUUCUUCUAAUCUACAGUCUUCCAACAUUCGAGUAAGAGCGCUGCGACAGAAUCCCCGUGCUUCCAGCCCCGUAAGACCUGCCACACGCGCAGUUAUGCCUGUCCAUGCAGCUUCUGGAGAAGGACCAGGGAUAUCUACACGUGCUGGAAACUGGCACAUCGCUUCGACUCGUAAUGCAGGUCACGAGGUUUAUUCAAGUGCCGAAGCUCUGGCAGCUGGAGCAGGAGAUUUAUUGACAACAUCACAAAAUCGUGAUCCUAUUUCAAAGCUCGCUUGUUGGGAUCUUUCAUUUGACUUGUCCCGAUAUUGGGUCAUGCAUACAUAGCAGAAGAAGAAAGCUGUUGUGUACACGUAUGCGUGAAAGUAGCUUUUUCUUGUUUUGAUGCUCCUUGUUCGGUCAUUCAUAUUCCCCUCGAUUCAAUUCUUUCCCUUAUUCUUAUCCGUAGAGUAUCUUUCUCUCCUUCAUUCCUUGGUACGCUCGUGUAUGUUCCAGAUGAGAGGAGAGUAGAAGUGGGCCAAUCUUCCUCAUCGAGUGGUGAUGAAGCACCGACACGAAGUUGCAGUGUUUAAGGCUCACUUACUUUGGCAAACUGCAGCUUUGUAUUACCCAGGGUGAAGAUACUUGUUCUAGCACAUCCACUCAGAAAUUCAUUCUGGAGUGGGCAUCCUGAUCCUUCUUGCACAUUCUUUUAUGGGCAAGGCUAGGACGAUUGUCUAUAUAGGAAGAUACUGCAAUGGGCAGCGCUAAAUCGUGCGGGCCUCAAUCUGUGGAACGCGUCUGACUGGAGCGAAAGCAGGAAUGUGCGCACUAUCAGCGGUCGCUCUGUGGAUCGCGACGCUGUCCGGGGCCUUCAUGGUGGGAACUCAAUUCGACUUGUCCCAGAGGGGUGAAACUGAAGUAGAAAAACGUGGCCGUGAGGAUCGAGCGUUAAGGCUUCUACUCCUCAGACCCGGCAAGUGCAUGUUUUAGACUCCUUGAUGAACAACGAACAUCGAGUUUGAAGCUCUGCUUAUCAUUUUUUUCCGUUCUUCUCGAAAACACAAAGCAGCAUUCUGAACUUGGACUCACCCACUAAAUUCUGAAAAGGCAAAUUAUUAGGCACCAUGGAUGAUGAAAACUCUAAUACAGCGAGUGAAAGAUAUCGGUUGGGUACUUCCCGCGAUGGGGCCGCGGCCGGAGAAGGAAAUUGGUGGAGCGAAAAAGCCAAGCGAGUUUCUGGGUACGCAAAGUAUGGAGUGAUGUGAGUCAGUUUAGCUAACUUUGAAAAUUAUUAUAAAUAUAUACGAAGGUGCAAUUCAUAGUCACGCAUUGAAUCAUGUAACAGAGUAUCAUAAGACUCAGGAUUGAAAAUCACUGAACGCCUAUUCUUGUCCAGGUGUCCCGAGCCGCUAUCAGCUUGCUCUCGACUGCUCAGGCUCGAGAGAAAAAUUUCUGGAGUGUUUUCAUGAAUUCACUGGAGACGAUCCGACUCACGGGUUCGUUGAUUUCUUAUGGAUAAUCUUUUCGACUCGAUUGUGAAAGGAAUGGGACGAUUUGUUGAUUUGAAUCGAUCGGCAUCAUCAUUGAUUUGAAUCAAUUGUUAAGAUUUGGAGUAGUAUGUGCUAGUAGCUUCUUCAUUUACUGCGGAAGGCUGGAAUCGUCGAGAGUCGUUGAUCAAAACGAUCCCACCGCGUCCAGGGCGUCAGGCUAAUCGCAUCCAGAUAGAAUUUGCCACGGGACCACCGACUCCAAAAGGGCGACCUGCUAUUCGGUGUCCAUACCUUAUUAUAGAGUAGUUUAUAGACGCUGGGCGGCCCUUAUUAUAGAGUAGUUUAUAGACGCUGGGCACGCUGGGCUACGCUGGGUGGCUGGGCGGCCUCGCUGGGCACGCUGGGCGGCAACGCGGGGCACGCUGGGCGGCAACGCUGGGCGGGCGCUUGGAUAGCGCUGAGCGGACUUGAGGGCCACACGUUGGGCAUGCCGAGCCUGCGCGGCCGAUGGAUUUACUUGCGCCGCGGGGACGCGGUGCAGCGCGUCCCGCGAGGACAAACAAAGGCGGCGCGCCGCCCUCAAGAUUCAGGGCAGCGCUGGCGCAGUGCUGCGCCAGUUUGCGCAGCAGCGGGCUGCGCGGCGCCUGCUCGGUUCAGGCUUGCACUCCGUCGCGCUGCACUGCGCUGCUCGAUGCGUGCAAUACUGCGCCGCUCUUGUGCACAACGGUAAACUCGCCAGCGUCGUUGGCCUUGGCCUACGCUAGACUAGCACUGCUGGUGGGGUUCUCAAGCGGGCGCCCGAAGGGCGCCCCCCAAUUGGAGACGCCCAGCGUGACGCUGGGCGCAGAAUUCGGGAGAUCUGGCACAUUUGGGUCGCCCAGCGACCCAGUGUGCCCAGCGUGCCCAGCCCAGCCAUGUUGGGAACCCUUAUAAACUGUUCUAUUAUUAAUUUGUUUAGAGGAGUUUGAAAAUAGUUGCCAGUAAAAUUAUCGUUGCAAGAAAUACACACUACGAAUACCAACGCCACGUCGGAGCUUAUGAAAAAGUGCUACUCGUUGGGUUUAGAGUAAGAAAAUGUAUUCCAAGAACACCUGGAUGCUUAAGGAUGAAGCCUUCCAGAUAUUACUCCACUGGCAGGCUUGUCCCUGUUGUUGUGGUGGUGGUAUUACCGAGUAACAUCCACAACCUGGACGCUGUUCGUAUCCUUAUGGUGGUCCUGUACUGAAUGACGGCCCACAAUCAUCAUCGUGCGUCACCAUCUUAAGGGGAUCCCUAUGAGCAUAAGGACCCCGGUCGCUAUGAUCAUCGUCAGAAGAUUCAGGGCCUUGGGCCUGAUAGGAUUCACAUCAUUCAGCGAGAGCAUUCAGAAGGGGAAAGACGAACACAAGCGGAGAACCAACAGACCAAGAAGGAAGAGCCAAACGCCUCAACUCAGGGAAUGCGGAGCACGGGGCGACUUGGUUGGGCCUUGAUCUUCAUGCGCGGCAAUGCGUCAGCCCUAACUGCUUAGGAUAUGGCUAUUGAAUAUGUACUAGAAGAAAGCUAUGUAUUAUGUUGAGUCCUUUUAUCUUUGAAUCAUCAUUAUCAUCAAAUCAUCAUCAUCAUCAUCAUCAUCAUCAUCGAUGUUUCAGACUCGCAACGAAGCAAGAAUUCGGAUUCGGCAGUCUCUUUGUUGUGGACGUCGAGCGCAUGCCUGUUGGUGACGGAACGUGGCCUGCUUACUGGACUACCAUUAAAGGAGGGGUCGACGGAUGCGGGUGGCCCAGUGGUGGCGAGAUCGAUAUGAUGGAACACAUUCAGGCACAGUCUUCCUUCAUUUACUUCAUGUUGCUGUGUUCUCCACGAAGUUUUCACUAAAGCUCAAGUAGCUUCUUCGACGUCGCAAAUGAAGAUUGCUAUGAACAUGAUAUUACAAUGAAUUAUGUGCUUCGCUAUAUCAUGUUAAAUGACUCGAUGAAUAUAUUAAAUUAUCCAUGUCCAUCUUUUUGUUUUACAAACAGGGUUUUGGUAUGGAAAACAUGGUGUCUACUUUGCAUACGGACCCUGGCUGCUGGAUGCACGUUCCAGGAAUCACGAAUGGCGGGAACUGUCAGGGCAACAAUGGAUGUGGUUUGACCGCGAAGGAGGUCCCGAGCGGGCAUCAGUUCAACAAAGAAAAUUAAGGCAGAGAAGGCACCUGAAGUAGCUUUCGCUACCUAUUUUGCUUUUGAUAUUUUCGAAGGGCAUCAGCAUUGUGUUUGCGUGGGGUGCUGGUUUUGGGCAUGAAAUCAGUCGCCUGAUGAAUGUAGCCCUCUGCUACACACCCUUCUUUUUUAGAGAUAAUGAAUGCGUCUAAGAUUUCGGCGGCAUCCAUCUCAUGAGUAUGGAUACGAAUUCUAUUCGCAUGUGGUUCUUCAAUCGCGCAACAGCUGACCACUUUGACGAAGAAGAUAUGGGCCUUGGUGCCUUCUGGGAGAAAAAGAUGCAGGAAUUGCAACCCUACGCGGUACUUCUAGUUUCUGCAAUACAAAGUUUGUUAUUUUCACAACAGACUACUUUGUCUUUGAGGUUGACUUUGACUCGUUGGAACUGAUUUGUUACAAUACGAAAACUCUCUUCUGAGUCGGUUUUUACUUAAUAUCUAGAAGACGUGGUGGUGGGUGAGGCACAAAGUUCAGCCUAAUUCAUUGCUCACCUGUCACCGCACAUUCAUCAUGACAAUGACCAUAAACCGAUGAAGCGCAUAGUCAGAGCAACUAGAGUAAGAGAAGAUGUUCUUCGCAUUUCUACAUCUGUAGUCGCUGCUCUUUCAACCACAAGAAGCUCUUCGUCGUUCGUACAUCUUCUUUUCGACAUUCCACCCAAAAAAUAUUCUUCUAGACGUUUCCGUUGGAGAGUAAGUGCCAGGGCGGAACAUUUUUCAAGCCGCAGACAUUUAUCAUCGACACGACUUUCUGUGGAGACUGGGCAGGGCAAGCCUUUGCACCUCCAGGUGGCCCCUACGGAUUGCCGGGAUGCAUUCAUGUCGUAAAGGAAAGCAACUACUUAUGAUAAUUUGUGAUGAAAAGGAAGCAGUGAGAAAGAACUAUUACCGCGUUGCUCUUGCUCUUCAUAAUUUGCGACUGCGAAUUAGCAUUCAUGGACAUCUCUUUACUCCGGGAAGCAAACCUGGGAUAGAGGGCAGUCGAAGAUCAGUGAUACCGAUAAAUUGCUUUAGGCUUCGAGAGAUUACACUCGUCUAAUGCUAGGAGCGAACUGGGAUACCCAAGAACAUCCGGAGAGCUCUCGCAAGUUUAUCUUUGGAAGUGUGCGCGUUUUCAACCCGGAGGGAAAGGGUGCGGAUUGGCAAGUCUGAUUUUAUUCGAGUCGCAGGUCAAGGUGAUACUCAUGCAAUGUAUGUGUAGAAAUCACAUUUACUGUUGAUGUUCAGAUUGUUUCAUGUCUCAGUCCAACACGACUUACCACGAUGCAUACUAAGCCAUUCGUGCCCCAUGAAUCAUGAUGAUGAUUUGUCAUGUCAUAUUUUUUCAAUUUAUAACAGUAACAGUUUUGCAGCACCGCAUGCUCUACUUUACCAGAGAGAAAGUGAAAUACUUUUAUGUGCGGCGGCAAAUUAUGGAUUUUUACAAUUCUGCGAAAUAUGAACACAGUCGUGACAACAGACACGAUUUCUUGAUGAAGUAGUUGCAAUCACACAGAAACACAAUCUAGCGACUGACUGCUGCUAGUUGCGCAGUAAGAUCUAAUGAUGCCGCUUUUCAGUCUAGAUUAUCCUUCGACGCACACUUAAAACCCUUUUCAGAGCUAGAUUUAGAGCUAAAAGACAGAAGAAAAUCAUAGACGGCAUCUCGCGGAGAUAGACAUAAUCAUGUUGUAAGUCGAUUUCUAGAUAACUACACGACAUUGAUGUAAUUACAUAUGAAUAUGUGAUCUUCGACCAAGGUCUCAUUUUCCGUGUCAGAGUCUUUUUAUAGAUGUCAAAUUGACUUUCGUAACUUGAGAAUAUAGAUGAUUGAUCAAGAACAGCAAUACCGGAUCCGGAACGUCUGACAGUGCCACUGAGGACGCCAGCAAGGCUUCACUAUCCUGCUUCUUGGUGGUUCGUAUUACCACUUGAAGGUGAUAGAUUAUCUUCGCCGAGUGCGGAAUCUGCUAGGUGCUUGGGGUUCAGUGAAAGGGCCAAAGACAUACACGACGAAGGAUGCGCUUACUUUGCACAUGAUCAAUAGGAAAUCG